AUGGCGCCCAUCGCUGUUGAGGAUGUGGCUCAGACGCCUGUGGUGUCCAAGAAGCCCACGGAGGUAUCGAAUGCGCCGCUGGCUAAACCGACACUUGCACGCUGUGAUGCCAACGAUCCAGCCACGACGACAGAUCUCCUCGUGUCAAUCAUUGAACGUGAUGGCGGUGUCAUUGUGGAGAAUCUCAUCUCAAAGGAACUGGCUACACGAAUCAAGACCGAGCUGAAGCCCUACUUCGACACAGACAAGGUUGAUCCUUCGGGUUUCUUCCCCCAUACGACACAGAGAGCUACCGGCCUCCUGGCGCGGUCCGAUGGCUGCGUUGAAUUGGCAACGAAUCCCACAUAUAUCGACGUGGCCAACAGGAUGGUCUCGUCGACGUAUACGUACUGGAAUGGACAGCAGAAAGAGACGGUAUAUGCCAAACCCAUUAUAUCCUCAACUGUCGGGUUCCGAGUAAACCCUGGUGGAAGGCAGCAAGCCCUGCACCGCGAUGACGGUGAUUAUCACACUCGCAACUGUGACAUGCCCAUGAUGCUGGGUUGCGUGACAGCGUUGACAAAGACCACGGCGGAGAAUGGGGCAACCAUCGCCAUCCCUGGUUCACAUCUCUGGGGUCCCGAUCGCUGUCCUUAUGACCACGAGGCAAUUCCCGCCGAAUUGGAACCCGGGGAUGCUUUCAUCUUCGUCGGUAAUCUUUACCAUGCCGGAGGCGCCAAUAUCACCAAGGAUCAGUCUCGCGAGACCGUGGGUAUCUUCUUAUGCAAGCCCUAUUACCGCCCGGCGGAGAAUCAGUUCCUGAUGGUGCCGCCUGAGAAGGCGAAGCGGUUAUCUCCCCAGGCACAAAGACUGCUGGGAUAUGGAAUCAGCCGUCCUGCUCUAGGCUUCAUGGAGUACCAAGACCCAAUGCGGGUUCUCUUUGGUGUCGAGGACGAAGAGACGGUCGAUAUGUGA